CACACGUCUACGUCUGUACGAACACGGGUCGCAUCAUGAAUAGAUGCACUGCUCACGCACACACCCAUCCCUCAGCCCUGGCUAUCGCGGCGGCCCGGCCUCAUCUGUCGGGUUGUCCUUCAUGCGCUGGAUCUCCGCAUUCGCCUGCAGCACCCACAAACACAUAAAGCCGCAAACAGUGGCACAAAGGGGCUGGCGCGUGCGUAGCUGACUGGUCUCUUUUUGACCUUCUGGCGGUCCUGAUAGCUGAGAGCAUCAUACUGCUGGCCCGUCAUGGCCUCCCACUGCAGACAGUCAGUGAGAAGGCACACGCACACACACAUGCUCAACGGAUGCACUGCACGAAGAGGGAUAUGUGGACGUCUUCAAGACCUUUUUGAUGUCUCUCAUGUUGUGCACUCGCGGCUCGUACGACACCUGCUGCGGCUUCUGUGCCUUGACACGCUCGUUGAAACCCGCCAGCCUGCACACACGCAGACGACCGGCAGACACAUCCAGACAAUGAAGCUGCAUUUCUGUAUGUGAGCGGCUUACAGGGCCUGCAUAUCCGCGUCGUCAGCGAUGUUGACUUUGCCCUUCGGAGGGGGCGCAGCAGCCGCAGCAGCGACGCCCCUCGCACGGCCCCUCUCCCUCUCCCUCUCCCUCUCCCUCUCCCUUCCCCUCUCCUUAGGCCGCCUCUUGGGCUGGCCACCGGCAGGACCCUCCUCAGAUUCGUCUCUGCCACCGCCAGCAGCGCCGCCCUCGUCAGCCCGCCCCCCACCCUCCCCACCUUCCCCAUCCUCCCCGUCCUUGACAUCAUCAUCCUCCGUCCGCCGUUUCUUGGCGCCCUUCCCCUCCCCCUCCCCAUUAGGCCUCUUCUGCGCCGCCCUGCCCCUCUGGCCAUCCUUCUUGAUGGCCUUCGAUGCAGCCGACACACCAUGGCCGCCGCCAGCCGGACGCCAUGCGGGCCUGGCGGGCUUGUUGGCGCCCUUUGGUUGCUCGGACGAAGGGUCGCUCACGGUCGGGCCUUUCUGCUGAGCAGCAGGGGCACCAGAAGGCUCAGGAGCAGGCUGGCUCUGUGUGGCGGCGGCACCGCCUUUGUCCUUCUCCUUCUCUGCAUCCUCAGCAUUGCCAUUCUCGGUCGCUGCACCAACGGCAGGCUUGACCUCACCAUCCACUUGCUCAGGGACGCUCUCCUGCUGCUGAUAUUGCUGUGGGUCCGAUAGAUGCGGAUGCUCGCCGCUCUCCUGGCCGUCGGGCUUUGGAAGAGGGCGGGAGGCGUGCGAUAUGCGCAUUCUU